GGGGAUAGGGGCAAAGAGUAAAGUCUUACUUCCCUGCUUUCAUUUCUCCUCCUCGGAGGCCUGGGCCUGGCUUCCGAGGAGGGUUUCUGAGAUGUGAGCACCAUGGCUGUUUUCUCUUCCCACAGAGGAAGUGUGCCUCCACAUUCUAGUCAACAACGCAGGAGUGGUGAUGUUCCCCUACUCCAAGACCGCAGAUGGCUUUGAGAUGCACUUCGGAGUCAACCACUUGGGUCACUUCCUCUUGACCCAUUUGCUGCUGGAGAAGCUGAAGGAAUCGGCCCCAUCGAGGGUGGUUAAUGUGUCCUCUUUAGCACACUGGGUGGGAAGGAUCCACUUCAAUAACCUGCAGGGUGAGAAGUUCUACAAUGGAGGUCUGGCUUACUGCCACAGCAAACUCGCCAACAUUCUCUUCACUCAGGAGCUGGCCAGGAGGCUGAAAGGCUCUGGAGUGACGACGUAUUCCGUCCACCCUGGAACAAUCUAUUCUGAAUUGGCUCGGAACACCCCUCUCCUGAGACUGCUGUGGCAGGUUUUCAACUUCCUCCUCAAGACACCUCAAGAGGGAGCCCAGACAAGCCUGUACUGUGCCGUAACAGAAGGUCUCGAGAGCCUAAGUGGCAGUCACUUCAGCGACUGCCACUUGGGAUGGGUCUCAAGCCAAGCUCGUAAUGAGACAAUAGCCAGGCGGCUGUGGGAUGUCAGCUGUGACCUGCUGGGCCUCCCGAUGGAUUGGUAAGUGGUGGUUUGGACUCAAAAGAAGAUUGGAGAGAGAGAGAAAAAAAAGAAGAUUGGAGAAAAAGAUGAUUGUUCUUCAACGUGGCCAAAACCUUGAACACAAAGCACAGAACUUCCAGCCUUGCCUGCUUGGCCUCCCUCCAGUUAAACCCCAGCACACUGCCCAGUUCCUCUGAACAUCUUGAGUUUGUAUUGACUGACUUUGUUCCAGCCCCUGCCAGCAUUCCUAGUGCUGUCACCAACAGAGGACCCUCAUAUGACCUACACAGCUUCUAUUUUUCUUUGGAAACCUGCUCCUCCCUAGG